AAACAAUUCACAUAACCAUUUGCGUUAUAGACGAGGCGAUAAAUAAUCAUGAAAAUGAGUAAAUGUGUGUAACAUAUAGCAUGUGAAAAGGUAUGACAGAAUGCUUUAAGAGCAAGUUUAAUUUUUUUCUUUCUUUCUUUUCUUUACACACUAUGAGUACUCAGGAGACAAAAGAAGCAGUAUCAAAGAGCGAAAAGUCAGCAUUAAAAUCAGAAAAGCAUCCAGUACGCUGGGCGCCUGUUCGAGGUAUUCCUAUCGAAAGAAGAUUACAAAUGCUGGCUGUUUGUACAUGGAUUAGUCUUGUGUUUAUUUGCUUUUCUACUUUUAUCAUUAUGUCGACAUACACAUUCUUAUGGCCUAUUGUCAUUGCCUAUGUUUCUUUUCUCUGGAUAGAUAAAGCACCCGAGUCUGGUGGUCGACGCUUCGACAAUGCUCGAAAAUGGAUUAUUUGGAAGUAUUUUGCAAACUAUUUUCCUAUUAAACUGAUCAAGGAAGCAGAUUUAGACCCUUCCAAGAAUUAUGUCAUGGGCUACCAUCCACAUGGCAUUAUUUCUAUGGGUGCAUUCGCUAAUUUUGCUACUGAAGCAACUGGGUUUUCAGCAACAUUUCCGGGCAUCAAGCCUUCUUUGCUCACAUUGAAUUCCAAUUUCCGUAUCCCAUUUUAUCGCGAUCUCAUCAUGUCGCUAGGUAUGGCUUCCGUCUCACGUCGUUCGUGUGAAAACAUCUUAAAAUCAGGUCCUGGUCGAUCUAUUGUGAUUGUGGUUGGAGGUGCAGCAGAGUCUCUGAAUGCUAGACCUGGUAUUACAGAUUUAGUAUUGCGUAAACGACUAGGAUUUAUUCGUUUGGCUAUCAAAAACCAAGCGCCCCUUGUGCCCGUAUUUUCAUUUGGUGAGAACGAUCUUUAUGAUCAAGUGGAUAAUACAAAAGGAAGUAAGGUUUUCAUGUUUCAGAAAAAGAUGCAGUCGUUGCUUGGAUUUACAAUGCCUUUGUUUCAUGCUCGAGGUAUCUUUAACUAUGAUGUUGGUAUCAUUCCUUUUAGACACCAAAUUGCUACAGUUGUUGGCUGUCCUAUACCCGUGCCUGCUUUAGAAGAAGGUCAAACAGAACCUACUCAAGAACAACUUUUGCAAGUCCAGAAAUUAUAUAUUGAUGAGUUGCAAUCCAUUUAUGAUAAAUACAAGGACGUUUAUGCAAAGGAUCGUAAGCAAGAUCUUUGUAUUACUGAUUAA